UCUCAUUCUCAUUCCACAUUUUGUCUUGAUACCUCGUACGCAACAGCAACAUGGUAGCCAUCAGCCGCAUAGCUCUCCUGUCUCUUCUUUUGGGGUCUGCUCUGGCAAGACCCGCCAAUCCUAUGAACCAAUUCAACAAUACUGAGCUCGCCAAUAACAACGGGACGCAAUAUCAUAACGGGACACAGUAUUCUGAUGACAAGGAGGAUGACAAGCAUCCGAAACGGUCGUUGACCUUUACGGAAACUCCCAAAAAGUUUAGUGUACGGUCCAACCUUGCUAAUACCAAAUCGUUUUCGUACUCAAUGUCCACCUCUGGGUUCCCGCGCAUCCGUACAUUUAUGUUUGACAAGGAUACUGAUGGCGAUUCACAGUUCAAAUAUACCUUUAUGGUUGGGCUGCUUCGGGUGGUGGAAGUCAAUGACACUAUCACCUGGCGCCACAGUCAAUCCGCUAUUGACCUCGCUGGGCAACACUGGAGUCCUCUUGAACGUAGCACGAAGAGUGUGUCGCUACCCAGCGGUCAGAAUGCGACCCUCAAUGAGAUUAGCACGACUUACUCGGAUCCUUCCGGCGCAUUGGUGACACUUUCGACAUUUAUUGCCGCCAAUAACUUGACAGUCCCUGGAACAAAAUCCCAAAUGCGUCCCAACCAAGUCAAAUACGGAUUGGAAGUUGAAAACUUUCCGUACAUUUACCAAAAUUCCACGCUGGCCAUCAUCAAGGUCAUUUACUCCAAAUCAGAGUGCCAGCAAGAUGGUGAUCAAAUCUCUCUUGGUGCUACAGGAGCGUUCUCUUGGAACUCUACUCUGGAUGUGUUCAAAAACAAUUCUCGCUUCCCUGGAUCAGUCGUCGCUGCCCCACUCACCAUGGCUCUUUCUAAUGAUUCGUUUGCAAGAGCUCCCGAAGAUUCCGAUGGACAUGGUGGGGACCCAACUGGUGGUAUGGAGACGGCCAAGUUGAUCGUUUUCAAGGUCACCUCUUUGGAUGACAGCCAUGUGCACGCCAGCAAGGUCGCUUGGGAUCCUGAAAUCACGGUGGAUUCCGCAUACACAAGUGAUGCGGCGCUCUUGUCCAAUUCGGCCAUGCGCAAUGGCAAACAAGUGCUUGGCAUGAGCGUAGCUUUCGCGGCAAUGGCUGCCAUCCUAAUGAUCUAAAAUCUAGACUUUCUGAUACCUCUUCUAGUUAUGUCGUCGUUUUGGUUUAGCGCGGAUUUCUCCGUACUCUAUUUGUCUUAUUUCUUAUUAUACCUUCAAUAAAUAAUAAAGUUGCACCUUGUGAAUGUGA